AUGGAGGAUUAUUUAGAAGUAGUACAAGAAGAUGAUGACGAUAAUGGUGGCAAUGGUACAAAACAUGGUUAUAAUGAUUUAUCUGAUAAUGAAGGAAAUGAAAAUAUUAAAAAUGGUCCAGAUACCAGGGAAUCAUUGAAUGUUACGACAAAUCAUAAUUCGCGUCCUAUGUCAUUAGAACAAAUUUUGGGUGGUGGAGAUAAUUAUGCUCAAGAAGAAGAAAAAGAUGAUGAUGAAAACGAUUCCUCAUCAUAA